AUGCAGUACCACCAGGAUGAGAAGGUGCUGUGUUUCCACGGCCCCUUGAUAUACCAAGCCAAGAUCUUGCUUGCGGAAAACUGGAAGGAGACCGACAACCAGAAUGGGGCCACGGGACCUCACUACCUCGUGCAUUACCAGGGCUGGAAAAAGACAUGGGAUGAAUGGGUGCCUGAGAUGCGCUUGUUGAAAUUGAAUGAUGAGAAUCUUGCGCGACAAAAGGCGCUGGUUGAUGCAUAUAAGGCUGAAGCAGCCGCAGCCGCAGCAGUAGCGGCUGCGCACGAGCACGGCGCGCGCGGCAAGGCCGACGCGCGCCGCGCGCCUGCAUCGAGUGCAAGCUCGGCAAGUAGCAGCCGUGGAUCAAAGAGGAGUCGCGAUACCAGCGAAGGCGAGGAGAAACGCCCCGACCUCCGUUUGCAUGUGCCAGACCCGCUCAAGGCUGUGCUGGUAGACGACUGGGAAAACGUCACGCGCAAGGAGCAGCUGGUCCCGCUUCCGCGCAAACCCAACGUGAAGCAAAUCUUGCAGGAAUACGCCGAGCACUACAAAGCCACGGCUCAGGAGCGAACGGCGGCGCGCACACACACUUCCUCCAUUCUAGACGAGGUGCUAGCCGGCCUGAAACUGUACUUUGACAAGAGCCUCGCACAGAACCUGCUGUAUCGCUUUGAGCGGCGGCAGUACGUGGAGCUGCGGAAACGGCUUGGGCCCAAAAUGGGCGACGGCGACGUCGAGACGGAGAUUGCAGCGGCCAAGCCUACGGGGCGGCGCAGCCGUGGUGGCACCGCGCAUCCGACCCCCUCUGAAAGUCCGUCGGCUGCAGAGCUGGAGGCGAGCGAGGUCUACGGCGCCGAGCAUCUGCUGCGACUGUUUGUGAACCUGCCUGGUAUUGUGGCGCAUACGUCGAUGGAUCCCGAGUCGGUGUCCAUUUUGCGCGAGCAUCUCAAUGAGUUCUUGGCGUUCCUCGCCAAAGAACAGUCGCGGCUGUUUGUGCGCGAGUACGAGGAGCCGAGCCCCGCGUACCACCGCCUGAACUCCACAUAG